CAACCUUAGGGGCUUGCCAUAACACAAUUGAAAAUGCAUCAUUGGACACAGAUUCAUUUACUUCAAUGAUAUCUUUUUUUGAGUCGCAGAUAUUGAUGAGUGUAAGAGGUCGGGUCAUACAUGCAUGGAUGAAAAUCACUGUCGGAACAUCAAUGGGUCUUACCAAUGCUUUUGUCCUAAGGGGCAAUCAGGAGAUGGAACUGAGAAAAGAGGGUGCCACAAACAGGAAGUACUUACCAAAGUUAUAAUUGGAGCAGGUGCAGGGCUUAUUAUUCUAUUUGUGGGGAUUGCCUCCAUGUACUUACUAUACCAGAAAAGGAAACUAAUGAAGCUAAAAGAGAAAUUCUUCCGUGAGAAUGGGGGUUUCAUUUUGCAACAAAAACUCCAUGCAAGAGAAGAUUCCUCCCAAACAGCUAAAAUAUUCACAGAAGAUGAACUCAAGAAGGCCACCAACAACUAUGACGAGAGCGUAAUCAUUGGUAGAGGAGGUUAUGGCAUAGUUUUCAAGGGAAUUCUACCAGAUAAACGGAUUAUUGCGAUCAAGAAAUCCAAAAUAGUAGAUAAGAGUCAAAUCGAGCAAUUCAUUAAUGAGGUGGUUGUUUUGUCCCAAAUCAUUCACAAAAAUGUGGUCAAACUCUUGGGAUGUUGUUUGGAGACUGAAGUUCCUUUACUAGUUUAUGAGUUUGUCAGCAAUGGUACCCUUCAUGAUUUUAUUCACAAUGGAGGCAAGGAAGAAAAUGAAACAUGGAAAACUCGUUUAAGGAUAGCAGCAGAGGCAGCUGGAGCUCUGUCAUAUCUGCACUCGGAUGCCUUUGUACCCAUUAUCCACAGAGAUGUAAAGGGUGCCAACAUUCUCUUGGAUGACACUUACAGAGCCAAAGUGUCAGAUUUUGGAGCUUCAAAAUUGGUUCCGCUUGACCAAGCAGAUAUAGCCACAAUGGUGCAGGGAACUCUUGGAUACUUAGACCCAGAGUAUAUGCAAUCACAACAUUUGACAGAGAAAAGUGAUGUAUAUAGCUUCGGGGUAGUGCUAGUAGAGCUGCUAACAGGGGAGAAACCUAUUUCUUUUGACAGGCAAGAAGAGAAAAGAAGCCUAGCUAUGCACUUUCUAUCUUGCUUGAAAGAGGACCGCAUGUUUGAUCUUGUUCAAGCUGGAAUCAUGAAUGAGGAAAAUAAGCAAGAGAUAAAGGAGGUUCCUGUUCUUGCAGCAAAGUGUUUGAGACUUAGAGGCGAGGAAAGACCAAGCAUGAAGGAAGUGGCUAUGGAGUUGGAGGGAUUAAGACUAAUGGAGAAGCACCCCUGGACAAGUAGAGAACAAGAUUUGGAGGAGACUUGA